AUGCCUUGCAUCCAGCCACUAAAACACGUGCCUGGAUCCGCUGUAGAUUUUGGGGUGACUGUUGAUGAUGUGGAUCUGGAAAAUCUGAGCGGUAAUUACCUGAUGGAUCACUGUCAGCACAUGAUGGAGCGCCAUGCUAAGGAUGAGGAUUUCGCCAUCAUCCACAAUGCUUUAUACCACCACCAUCUCGUCGUGUUCAAGGACCAGCAGAAUCUUUCCCCAAAAUCCCAGUACGAGUUGACGAAACGUUUUGAUCCGGCCUCCGAAAGAUACGGCCAUAAAGAAUCCGCUAGUGAUAUCAUCCACCAAAACUUCCAGGCAAUUCCCGAUCAGCCGCAAGUUCAAGUAAAGGGAAAUGGCUUCAUCAAGUCUUUUAUGGGCCUCGAAAACAUCAAACUGCGCCACCCUCAUCACGGCUAUGCCCACCGUGAGAGGAUCUCCGAGGAUCAAGACGAUAAAUAUACCCGCUUCAAUCGUUGGCAUAUUGAUGCGGCGUUGUAUGAUCUCAACCCGCCUAAAGUCACUACUCUGAUGGCGGUUGAAGUACCCAAGGGUCGUCGCCAGACAAUCUUGUACGAUGAUGGUUCCGGGGAGGAGCUGGAUGCACCCCUCGCAACUACAGCGUUUAUCUCUGGUCAGAAUAUGUUCAACAUUCUCUCUCCAGAAGAUCAAGAAUUCGUCCGUACAAGCAAAGUGGAAUACGCAGCGCAUCCAUACAAUUGGGUCAAGCCGGCCAAAAUGCAUCCCACCGGCUUAAGCAUCUAUACCGAGGGCCGUGAGAAGUCCGAAUCUGAACUGCCCCCCAUCGAUCCUUCUAAGAUCCAAAUUCUCCCCAUGGCCUGGAAGAACCCGGUAACAGGCAACUUAUCUCUACAGGUUCACCCAGCUCCGAUUCGCAAGAUCCAUCGUGCCGAUGGGAGUAUUAUUGAUGAUCUAAAAGAGGUUCGAGAAAUUAUGUACCGGCUUCAGCGCCCCGCGAUCAGUCCGCAGUAUGUGUAUGCGCAUGAUUGGAAAGAGGGGGAUAUGGUUUUGUUCAAUAACCAUGGUGUCUUGCAUACAGUGGUGGGAUCGUUGAGGUCGGAUGAUAUCAGACUUUUUCGACAGUGUAAUCUGGCCGCGUCGGAGCCACCACAGGGGCCAUGA